CCUCCCCGUAUGUGUCAUGUGAAUUUGACGUCACAUCCGGCGCCGGCAGGCAGAGAGAAACCAGGCCAGAGGCACGGCUCUGGAGGGUGGUGAUGUGCUCACACCUCGCUUUGUUCUGCCCUGAUCAAAGCUGCGCAGAUGGAUUUGUUCUGGUAACUUUCCGUUGUGUUGAGGUUUGGAAACACCUUUGACAGGAUGUUGGGGUUUCUGAAGGAGCCUGUUGUGGUCACUGCAGAGAUCAAUGUGAACCUCGUGGCCCUGACUGUGAUGGGAUUAAUAACUCGCCUUUGGGGGCUCUGCUAUCCACGGGCUGUGGUUUUUGAUGAAGUUUAUUACGGCCAGUUCGUGUCGCUCUACAUGAAGAGGAUCUUCUUUGUGGAUGACAGUGGCCCACCUUUUGGCCACAUGCUGCUGGCCUUGGGAGGUUACUUAGGAGGAUUUGAUGGAAACUUCUUAUGGAACAGGAUUGGAGCCGAAUACACCAUGAACGUUCCUGUGUGGUCCCUGCGGCUCCUGCCAGCCCUGGCUGGUGCUCUCUGUGUGCCUUUAGCCUACCAGAUCCUGGUGGAACUGCACUUCUCCCACUGUGCUGCACUUGGAGCUGCUCUUCUGGUCCUCUUAGAGAACUCUCUGAUCACUCAGUCAAGGUUCAUGCUCCUGGAAUCAAUAUUGAUUUUUUUUAUCCUACUUGCAGUUUUGUCCUACCUGAAGUUCUACAAUUUGCAGAGGCACAGACCCUUCUCUGGAAGCUGGUGGUUUUGGCUUCUGCUGACUGGAGUAGCCUGUUCGUGUGCAGUUGGAGUGAAAUACAUGGGCCUGUUUACCUAUAUGCUGCUCCUGGCCAUGGCAGGGCUGCACUUCUGGCACCUGAUAGGAGACCAGACCUUGUCAAAUGUUUCCUUGCUGUGCCAUUUUGUAGCCCGGGCACUGGCCCUCAUCCUCAUCCCCGUGGUGCUGUACCUGUCCUUCUUCUAUGUCCACUUGGCUCUGCUGUACCGCUCUGGGCCUCACGACCAGAUCAUGACAAGUGCUUUCCAAGCCAGCUUAGAGGGUGGGCUGGCUCGGAUCACUCAGGGCCAGCCCUUAGAGGUGUCCUACGGCUCUCAGAUCACCCUGCGGAACGUCCUGGGCAAGCCCAUGCAGUGUUGGCUCCACUCCCACACCAACACCUACCCCAUCAGGUAUGAGAAUGGCCGAGGGAGUUCCCAUCAACAGCAGGUGACCUGCUAUCCCUUCAAGGAUGUGAACAACUGGUGGAUUGUCAAAGAUCCUGGAAUGCAGCAGCUGGUGGUGAGUAACCCCCCCCGGCCCGUCAGGCACGGACACAUCGUGCAGCUGGUCCACGGCAUCACAACCCGCUACCUCAACACGCAUGAUGUGGCUGCCCCUCUGAGCCCCCACUCCCAGGAGGUUUCCUGCUAUAUUGAUUAUAACAUCUCCAUGCCAGCACAGAACCUCUGGAGAGUGGAGAUUGUAAAUCGGGAGUCUGACACAGAUGUGUGGAAGACAAUUCUGUCAGAAGUGAGAUUUGUUCAUGUCAACACCUCUGCAGUGCUAAAGCUCAGUGGGGCGUCUCUGCCCGAGUGGGGAUACCGGCAGCUGGAGGUGGUUGGAGAGAAGCUGUCCAAAGGCUACCACCAGAGCAUGCUGUGGAAUGUGGAAGAGCACAGAUACGGGAAAAGCCAAGAGCAAAAAGAGAGGGAAGUGGAACUCCACUCUCCCACACAGAUGGACAUCAGUAAAAACCUCAGCUUCAUGGCAAAGUUCACAGAAUUGCAGUGGAAAAUACUCACAUUAAAAAAUGAAGACACAGAACAUAAGUACAGCUCCUCUGCUCUGGACUGGAUCACGAUGGACACAAACAUUGCCUACUGGCUCCACCCCACCUCUGGGGCCCAGAUCCACCUCCUUGGGAAUGUUGUCACUUGGGCUUCAGCUAAUGCUGCUGCUCUGGUCUACGUGUGUCUGUCCCUGUGGUACUUGAUACGACGGAGGAGGAGGAUUUAUGACAUCCCUGAAGAUUCCUGGCAGCUCUGGGUGUCAGCUGGGGGUGUCUGUGGUGGAGGCUGGGCUGUGAACUACCUGCCCUUCUUCCUGAUGGAGAAGACACUUUUCCUGUACCACUACCUGCCUGCCCUCACAUUCCAGAUUCUCCUGAUUCCCGUCGUGUUGCAGCACCUGGGCGAUCAUCUCUGCAGGUCUGUGCUGCUCAAGAGCAUGUUCAGUGCACUGAUUGUAGCCUGGUUCUCCUCGGUGUACUUUGUCUACUGCACCUUCAGCCCCGUGACCUACGGGCAGCCCGCGCUGUCCGCGACGGAACUCAAGGACUUGCGUUGGAAGGACAGCUGGAACAUCCUCAUCCGAAAACAGUGACCACUGCAAUCGUGUUACAGCCAAAAGGAAACACCUUUUGUGCAAAGCCAAGGAUUUAUUGUUAGUAUAACUGAAAUCUUAACAGUUGGAUCAAGUAAUUGAUAGUAGUCCAGAUCUAACGAUUACAGGAAAAGAGCACUGUUACAGAGAAGCUCUCGACUGGAAUACAGUUAUGAGCACAAUUCCCAGUUUCUGCCCCUGUUACAUUCACCCUUCCACUGCCCCUCGGGGCCUGAAGGUUGCUGACUUCAGGCAACAGCAUCCCAGCUACUUUGCUGGGAAGAACAUGCUGCAACAAUUUCUUCUUCCUCUUUCCUGACAGUGGUGGUUUCUUCCUUCUUGCACUACAUUGCACUGAGGGUUAUUUUCAUGUGUUUCCCAGCACCUUGGUCUACAAUUCCAUGAUAACAGUUACAAAAAAUGGACACUCUCCAACACAUCAGAUAUUUUUCUCUUGUUACUUCUAAAAAAAAAAGGUUUUCCCUGCUCUGAAGCUUAUUCAUCCUCCAACAAUCAGUAACUGGCCCUGCAGCCUUAGCACCAUCCCAUGACUCUAUUCCUCAACAAUGCAUUAUUUGCCCCCACUUUCACUGCUGCGCUAUCAUCCCUAUUUAUGUAAAUACAGCACUAAGCCACAUUUAUAAAUAGUUCAUUCUGCAUAAAAUAAUGACUUGCUACUACUAUCUAUGUGUAAUCAUUUGGCAUAACCAUCAUUUUUAAGAAG